AUGUCUAUCAAUGAUAUUUUACUAACUGUCUCUCAAUUGACCACCAUGUCUCCGUCUUCGAUGACGAGUUCAAGUACUGAGGACUCGACCUUAUCGUCGCAACCUCGCACAACUCCAGCAAACUUCUUCAGUCUACCUUUGGGAAUGCGCCAGCAGAUCUACGAAUACACCAUGGAGGAACCAUAUCACAUCUUCCGCGAUGGUCUUCCACCUAUCUUGAACACAAAGCUACAGAUCACCCAAGAAAUCCACGACCACUGCAUACUCACCAUCACCAUCGACAAUUGGAACCACGACAUCUUCACCAGUCGCCAACACGACCUCAUCGAAACGGACGUCGAUGCAGGAACAUACGUCCUCGAGCCCUCGGCACUAGUCUCCUUAACUCAAGAAACCAUGGCAAAACUUGAGCUGUUUGUCAAGAAUACGAGUAAUAAAGGAAUACGCCUCAAUCUCUACACAGAGGCUUAUAUGCAUAGUGGAGCUGACACACCCUCUCAAUGCGGCGUCAUGACUGAAAUGUCCUGCAGUUGCGCACACUUCUCUGAGAAUUGUUCAAUGUGUAAUGGUGUUACGGAUCCAGAGUAUAGACUUUGCGCCGACUGUGAGGAUUUGACCGAGGCGGUUUCUCGUGAGGUUGAAGAUAUGGUUGCGAGGGGUGUUGUCGUGAGAAUUGGGAAGUGUGUGGAAGGAUAUUUGCAGUAUGGAUUUUGGAGAGAAUGA